GGGGGUCAGUUCCUCUUUGACUUUCUCUUUCUUUAUUUCGUCAUGGAGAACUUAUAGUUAUAUCCUCACAGAGCACCUGAAGAAUUAUGUCCUUAUCGACGGAUCUCUUACGCACCAUCCACCGAAUAGCUGAAGAGCUGAAUCCAGAGGAGUGCAAGCGUUUGACGUAUCUGUGUAGAGAGUUUCACACGGAGCGAAGCAGCGCCAGCGUCAAGGAAAUGUUGCAGUCUUGCAUUGUCCGUAUGAACACCAAUCAAAUCUUUCUAAUGGAGCUGAUGCUGAGGAUGAAGCGCUAUGAUUUGCUUUCAGAGCUGUUGGGCAUCAGUAAGUCUGAGGCUGAGAGGCUUUUGGAAAACAGCCACAAGAUCUCAGAUUACAGAGUGCUAAUGGCCGAUUUGAGUGAGGACGUUGGAUCAGACGAUUUGGAGUCGCUGGUUUUCCUGCUCCGAGGAACUCUGCCCAAAGAGAAAGUGGAGAAGUUUGAGUGCUUUCUGGAUGUGGUGGUGGAACUGGAGAAGAUGAAUCAGAUCUCCAGCACCAGGGUGGACAUGAUGGAGAAAUACCUGAGAACUAUCCAACGUGUCGACCUGGCCAAGAGACUCAACCAGUACCAGAGCAGAGCCAAAACACAAAGACCUUCCGCAGUGAAGACGAAAGACGACAGACGGCCUUGUAAAGCCACACCGCUGCACACCUCAGCUGCAUUCACGCCCACAUCCUCCUGCACCAGGAAGUUCACGCCCUGCGGUAACACUCCAGUACCCCAGGUAGUCUCACCCCACAGACCCUGUGAGCAAUGGGAGGAGGAAGUGUACCGAAUGCGAAGCGAUCCUAGAGGGGUGUGUGUGAUCAUAGACUGCGUGGGUAAUGAAGGAGUCCAACUGGAGCGCUUGUUUUCGAGCCUUCACUUCCGCGUGAGCCUUUACAUGCUGCUGAGCGUCGAAGACGUCCGUUCCUGCCUGCAGAAAGUCGCCAAGCAGGCUGACCAUUGCAGUAUGGACGCCUUCGUCUGCUGCAUCAUCAGCCGUUCAAACUCGUCCCGACUUCUCGCUACCGACUCAUCCGGCCUGGGACUUGACCUGAACAUAGUCCGUCAAUUCUUCACACAUGACUGGUGCCCAGGACUGACAGAAAAACCCAAACUCUUUUUUAUCCAAGGCUACGAAGUCUCUCAGUCAGCAGAGCGCAACGGCUUGCAGGAUUACGAGGAAGGAGAACUGGAGACGGACAGCCCCGUCCAUUAUUACAGAGAGAGGGAUGUACCGAAAGACGCAGACGUCUUUUGGAGUCACUGCUGGACCAAUGAGAAGCAGCUUGAGGACAACAACCAUCAUUCCGUUUAUUUAAAGUCCCUGAAAAAGGCCUUAGUUGACGGACAGAAAGGGAGGAUUCAUCUGGUGGACCUUCACACGAUGGUGAAUCGAGACGUGUACGCUUAUAACAGAAGCCAUCCAGGAUCGGCGUAUCACAUCAACCUCAAACACACGCUACGGAAAAAUGUUUAUGUCUCAUGAGAUAAAUCGUCGUAUUGAUUUAACGAGCCUCUGCAGAAGUAUUUUGUUUUUGACCAGUUUGAACUGUGCUGAAUGCAGAUCGGGUUAAUUGUAUCAUUUAAUUAGACUAGUCAAUUAAGCUAGCAGUACAAUCGUAAUUGUAUCUAUAUACGCGUGGCAGAAUCUGGAAAAAUGUUCGAUUCUCUAUUUUUUUUAAUUUUGUUACAAUAUUUUAUUCGAAAGUCACAUUUUGUAUAGUCUUUCAUAUUCUGCACAACAAAUCCUUAAAGACGCAAUAAUAAUCAUUCACAUCAGUCAUCCUGUUCAAAAGAUUGCACACUUUAUUGUUUUGUUUUUUUUUAAUUAAGAGGUAAUAGUCGUUUAAAAGUCCCUCAGUUGCCUUUCAUGGAUCGUAAAUUACUAUAGGUACUAAUAGAAAGAAUCCCAAAUUAUUGGAAAAACUAAAUAACAACUCGUGCUCGUGGCUCGGAUAUUGUUCACACACCUAGUGGACAUUUGUUCCCCCACCUCGGGUGUCAGGAACAGAGAAGAGUUUCCAAGCAUGUCUUCCUUAUACCCAAGCAUCAGUGUUUUAAAUCUUGUGAACCAGUGGAGGGAGCGUAGCAGCGGGUGGGGGAGAACUUAGACGUUGUGUAGCCGGAUAAGAAUCAGUUGCAGAGCUCAGAGGUCUAUCAGAGGGAGAUCACAAGAUGCUGAAAAACAAAUUAACGUGUCAAGUUUAAUGAUUUUGGCCAAGCUGUCACAAAACCUUAAAGCCAUGUUCAUGCAGGUAGCACUACACAGUUACCUACCACGAGGUGUGUGUAAACUUUUGAACUGGUAAAAUUUUUUUUAAGGCGUAAAAUAUUUAGUUUUGACUACCAUAUUCACUUCAAUUCUUUUUAUUUGUAUAGCACUUAACAAUGGAUAUUGCAUUUGCUAUCGAUAUACAGUAAUAUAAACAUGUACUAUGCGAAAUAGCUUAUUUAUGGCGGGACAAAAACAAUUAUUAUACAGAAUCUGUGAGGCGAAUGAAAUCUUAGGACUUUAUCUGUAGCUACUAAUCGUGAAAGCCCACAUGAUGGCGGCGUUGCCAUUACUUUAGUCCGAAAACCCUCCGAGGUCUGAGUCAGUCCUGAACAUUUCAAACAGCUGUAGCUUGUGAAUUAUGUAUAGCCUAUAUACAUGAAUUUGUCUGAUAUGUUUUUGUUAUUUAUUUAUUUAUUAUUGUUCAUAACAUUUUUUUAAAUAAAAAGUUUUGUCAUUAAAAUUAUUAAUAUUUUUUUUUAAUAAUGUUACCAAACGUGAUUAAUAUAUAAAAAAAAAAUCUUUACAACUUCUUCUAACAUAAUAUAUAAUAAUAUAUAUUAUAUACAUAAUAUAUAUGUAUGCGUCUAUGACAUCUGGCUGAUGCAUUUAUCCAGAGAGAAGAAGAAAAUAGAGUAAAAUAAAUAGUAGUUUUCGAAAAUAUAUUUAUAUUGAAUUUUUAAUAGGAAAAGUGCUCAUUUCAGUAUGUGUAGACGAGGUAGAUCGUUUAAAGACAGCUACUGAUUAGAUGAAGUUUGUUCCACCAACUCAGUGAAGGAACAGAGAAAGGUUUUAACGGGGAUCUGAAUCCUGAGAGAUGGUGGGACCAAUCUAGCAGUGGUUGGAUAAGAGGGAGUGUGGUACAGUGCAGUGUGAGGUUGAGGUGUGUUGAUCGAUAUUUGGCUUUGUAGGUCAUUUUUAGAAAAUAGAUCAUAUAAUUAUUUUUUAUUUCUGGAAAUGUAUAUCCAUACUGUACAUAGAAUUUCAGUCAAUAUAACAGAAAAUGUAUUUAAUUUUUUAUUAUUAUUUUUUUCAUCUUAAGAUGCAGCUCAUACACAGUUUACUCAAUGCUUUUUUAUGCGUGUAUUUUAUCCAGCUAUCAGUAACACCACAUCGUAAUCUACAAGAUUUUAUUAAUUAUAAAUGAUCAGCUCAGGAUCACUUUUAGGGUCUAUAAUGCACACGCUCUGUUUGUUGUAUUUGUGCUUUAUUGUGUGUAAUGUGAACGAUUUCUCCAACACGGCUAAUACCGUGUGAUGACAUGCUAAAAAUAUAUGUACUUAUACUUUGCUGAAAAAUUGUUAGAAAUUCACUACAGUUUUCUAAACCUUUUCCUCUGAAAGAAUGAAGACCAGUUCAUACAAGUGAAAUAUUGUAAAAAAUGAAGGCAAUGCAAGUCAAUGUAAUAUUACACGUGAUAUAAUACAAACUCUUAUACACACACUAAAAGGAAAUGUACUAUAUAAAUUGCAUUUUAAUAUCUAUUGUAUUUCACAGCAACCUUUAAGGUUUUGCAGUGUGUGUUUCAGUCACCUGCCACCACCGUCACUGUGUGACAGCAUGAAUCUACACUCUGAGGUUGAAAAAUAUGUGCAGCUCGGGUUUUAAUAAUACUGUGUAAUACAUGUGUAUAAAUUAUAUAUUUGCUUCUGGAAAAAAAUAAACAUUUUGACGAAAAUA